AUUGUAUAUAACCUACUAAGGAAUAAGGAUUAUUUAUUGAGUAGGUGCCUUUAUAUUUGAAUUCGUGGUUAUGGUUAAGCUUAUAAUCAUCAAUUAGAAAUUAAACAGAUAAAGUUAAUAAUUUUGAAUCAUAACAAUUUAUUAACAUAAAAAAAAGUAGAUGUGGACGCAAAAUAUCAUUUAAUAAUAGGUAGAAAUACUGGGUACAUAAAUACAUAAUAUCGUUUAAUAUAAAAUUUAGGUAAUAAUAAAAUCAACUAAAAUUGCUAAAAUGUAUUAUCUAAGACGUAUAGUAGGUAUGAGGUAUCGACAAGUGAUAGGUAUUAUGUAACGUUUCAAUUUUAUCAUUUAAAUUCUGAAGAUGUAAUUUGAUUGGUGAACUAUCUCCUUGUUAUAACUACUUUUUUUAUAAUAUUCACAUUAAAAAUAUUAUGUUAAGUAAUAAGUUCUACAUUAUAGUAUUUAGUUGGCAACAUGCCAUAAUAAAGUCGUGUUGUUUUUUUAUUCUUAUCUGGCCUCGUAUAUGAUAAAACCAAGUAUUUUAAUUUUUAAUAUUCUUAUGGUACACACUUUUGAAGUACCUAUACAUAUUUUAUUUAAUGUUACCUAUUUAGUUAUUAUUGAUUAAAGUACAUACAUAAAAAUAAUGUAAUUUAUUUUUACAUUUUAUAAUUUUAAUUUAUUAAAUGUUUUAUUUUUAAAUAAUAAUUAUACUAAAUCAAGUGUGAAGCAUUUAUACGUCAUAUUAUAUCUUGUUAAUAAGAUAAAUAAUAUAUAACUAUAAUGGUUUUUUUAUUAGUAACAGUUAUUGUUACUAUAACAGUGAUUUAUCCGGCGGACACCGCAAACAUUUUAGCUGUGUUCCCUCAUCAAGGUUUAAGUCAUCAUUUGGUUUACUUGCCAUAUAUCCAAGAACUUGCAAACCGAGAACACAACAUCACUUUUAUCAGUAACUAUCCAAUAGAACAUUCAAAUAUAAAUAAUUUAUCAAUCAGAGGAUCAAUACCUAUUAGCAAUAAUAAAGAAAACAUCAGUCGUUUUGAAAAGAAUUCAAAGAAUGAUAUAAUACACUCCAUAAAUGUUAUUCGGGUGUUUAAUUAUCGCGGAAAAACAUAUGAAGCUAUGUUUACGGUAGACAGUGUUAUGGCAUUAUUAAACAGUCCCUAUAAAUUUGAUUUACUUGUCACAGAACAUUUUAAUAACGAAUUGUUUAUAGGUUUUGCAUUUAAAUUCAAUAUACCUUUUAUACUUCUAAGCAGUUGCAACUUAUUGCCCUGGAAUCAGCAUGCGAUUGGACAGCCGUACUCGUUAGCCACCGUACCUACAACAUUAACAACCAGCCUACCCAUAAAAAUGAACUUUUAUGGCAGGGUUAUGAAUACAAUUUCUCAUACAGUACAGUUAUUUGGUUUUAAAUUGUUGUGUCGGGCUAGGGACGAAGCAAUUAUCAAACGAAAUCUUGAUAUAGAAGUUUCAUUGGACCAAGCUAUUUUGAACGCUAGUUUGAUUAUGGUUAAUACUCAUUUCACAAUGUUUUCAUCUAAACCGCUAGUGCCAGCUGUUGUAGAAAUUGGUGGGAUACAUAUAACGCCAAUAAAGCCUUUGCCUAUAGACAUCCAGAAAUUCAUUGACGAAGCUGAGAAUGGAGUCAUUUAUUUCUGUAUGGGCAGCUUAUUGCGAGGUGAAACUUUUUCUGCUGAAAAAAGACAGAUGUUCUUAAAUGUUUUCAAUAAAAUUCCACAACGGAUUCUGUGGAAAUGGGAAGGAGAACUAACAGGAAAACCGUCUAAUGUAAUGACUCACAAAUGGAUGCCUCAAAGAGAUAUUUUAGGCCAUCCUAAUGUUAAGCUAUUUAUAUCUCAUGGUGGCUUAUUGGGAACUACCGAAGCUGUGUAUGAAGGCGUUCCAAUUUUAAUAAUUCCUAUUUCGGGUGAUCAAAUGAGUAACGCUGAAGCUCUUAUAAACAAAGGAGCUGCAGAGAAGAUGAAUUUCGGUGAUUUGAAUGAAGAUGACAUUUUUAUAAAAAUUACAUCCAUGCUAACAAAUCCUAAAUAUAAACAAAAGGCUAAAGAGUUAUCAGAAGCUUUCCGUGACCGACCUAUGUCUCCUUUAGAAACUGCAGUGUAUUGGACAGAGUAUGUAAUUCGACACAAAGGGGCAUCUCAUCUUCGGUAUGCAGCUGUUGGUAUGCCGUGGUACCAAUAUUACUUAAUCGAUGUACUGAUUGUAAUUUUCUUAUCUAUAACAACAUCCUUUGUAUUACUUUAUUGCUUAAUUUUCAAAGUUCUAUUUAGAUUGUUAAAUAGAAAAUCUAAAGAGAAACAAUCUUAAUAAUAAAGUAAAUUUGUCUUGAACUUAAAAAAAAAUACUAAAUUAGUGAUUGCCUUUUUAUUUUAAGUGCUAAGUAUAUAUACGUAGAAGUAGAAUGUAAAUACCUAUUUUGGAUUCAGAUUUCUGAUAGUAGGACGUAUUAUGACUGUUCAUGUUAUCCAUCUGAAUCCCGGUAAACGUGUUGGCAUGUUUAUCAAAAAACAAUAAAUAAGUAAAUAAAUAAACAUUCAUUUGGUUUCUAUUUUUAAUAA